AUGGGUUCUCCCGCCCGGCCCCGCAGCUCAAUAUUGAUGCAGUGCGCGCUCAAGGGCAAGUCGGAGAUGGCGAUGUUGAAAUCCGACGUCUCCAUCCUCAUCGAUAAUGAUCUUUUGGGCGCCUCCAGCCCGCUUACCAACUCGGGCGUGCUCUUUCUCGGAUCCAAGCAGACUCUAGACAAGGCCCGGGCUGCCUGCGAAUCCCUAGGCGAAUCUCUCUGGUCCCCCGAGUCCGAUGGCGACAUCCAGUCGGGGUUAAACUACCUCGUCUACCAGAAGCGGGCCAAGAAAUCCUCCAAGUACUGGGUGGCCCCCGAUGGCGUCGUAGCCCGCAGUAUCUCAGCUUCGGGCGAGGUCUCGGAGGAGGACGGCAGCUCGCGCCUCCCGGCCCUGUGCACGCAGACCGCGCCCGUCUCGAACACGACGGCCCAGGACGCGAGCGAGCAGUGGCAGGUCUCGGUCCAGGCUAACAACGAAAAUCUCAUCGGCUUCCGCGACAGGCAUGCUUUCCGCUUCCUAGGCGUUCGUUAUGCUCAAGAACCCAAACGAUUCGACUAUGCGGAAGCGCACAAGGGCGACGGCGGAUUGCCUGUUCCUCAAUAUCUGGACACCGUACCUCCCCGGACCAAGUGCACGCAGAAGAAGAACCUCAAGCCCGUCAUGUUUUGGAUCCACGGCGGCGCGUUCACCGGAGGGUCUGCCAACGACCACACGUUCGACGGGUCCAACAUCGUCUCCCGCGGCGAUGUCAUCUUGGUCGCCAUCAACUACCGUCUCGGAAAGCUCGGCUUCCUCGCCCUCGACGACGGUGAGACCAACGGAAACUAUGGUUUGGCCGACAUCACGCUUGCCCUUGACUGGGUCCGCGCCAAUAUUCAAAACUUUGGCGGUGACCCUGACCGGAUCACCGUCUUUGGGCAGAGCGCCGGAGCCGGAGCGACCCGUGCGCUGAUAGCUUCACCCGAGGCCAAGGGUAAAUUUGCCGGCGCCAUACCUCUGAGCAAUCUCGGCGGCUUGGGUUACGGCACGACGUACUCCAACCAACUGCACGGACGCGCCCUCUCCUGUCGACUGUCUCCGCGAGGUGCCCUCGACAAGAUUGGCAGCCUCGGUGGCGAGGUCCGGUUCCUCGUAGUAGACGGCAAGUACCUCACCUCGGAUGAGCUCCCGCUGAGCGGAGACGUACUCGACGUCAACUUGAUGAUGGGCAUCACGGCCGAGGACGGCGCGCCCAUGAUUAGCUUCCAGCGCGACAUCACCCUCGAAGAGCAAGAGGAGUGGAUCAUCUCGCAGGGGUACCCCUACCCGUCCGACCCCGAACUCUACCCGCUUCCCGAGCUAGACAACACCACCAUGGCAGUAGACUGGGCGGGUGCGCGCCUCGCGACCGAUGCCGUCUUCCGCUGCGUGGACCAGGCCACCGUGGCCGCCGCGCUCGCCAACUCGCUCCUAUCCCAAGUGUACUACUACGAGUUCGACCGCACCUACCAGACGCCCGGGUGGCCCAAGACGGAUCUGUGCGAGCCCGAGGGUCGCCCCGACGGUAACCCUUCCUCGCCGCCCGGAUACCUCCGCUGCCACAGCGGCGAGCUCCUCUACGCCGAGGACCUGGCCUUUGCCCAACUCACCCUCGAUUCCUUUGCCUCGUUUGCGCGGACCUUCGACCCCAACCCAGACCGGGCUUUCCUCGAAGCACGCGGGUUCGCGAGCACUCUCGCCGCCGUGGAGAGGGCGGGCAAGUGGGAGCCGGCCGUGGAUGGCGACCUCAAGCUCAAGGUGUUUGACUGGCCCGAGGAGGAGGGCAAUUUGAUGGAGGGAUUCAGGAGUAUCAAGCAGUGCGAGUGGCUGGGCCUGGGUUUGGAUUAUUACCUGUAA